CGGGCCGAACGAGCAGCUCGCCGCGACGCGCCGCACGCACCGCGCCAGCACGGCGAGGAUAGCGAGGAUACCCAGGACACACCGCAAGACCCACAAGGAUACGCAAGGAUACGCCAUGAGGGAGAUCGUGCACCUCCAGGCCGGCCAAUGCGGCAACCAGAUCGGCUCCAAGUUCUGGGAGAUGAUCUCGGAGGAGCACGGCAUCGACCCCAGCGGCGAGUACCACGGCUCGUCGGACCUCCAGCUGGAGCGGAUCUCCGUGUACUACAACGAGGCCUCCAGCCCGUCCAAGAGCAGCCCCGGCCGCUACGUGCCGCGCGCCGUCCUGGUGGACCUGGAGCCCGGCACCAUGGACUCGGUGCGCUGCGGCCGCGUCGGCGGGCUGUUCCGACCCGACAACUUCGUCUUCGGCCAGAGCGGCGCCGGCAACAACUGGGCCAAGGGCCACUACACGGAGGGCGCCGAGCUGGUGGACGCCGUCCUGGACGUGGUGCGACGCGAGGCCGAGAACUGCGACGUCCUCCAGGGCUUCCAGCUGACGCACUCCCUCGGCGGCGGCACUGGCUCCGGCAUGGGCACGCUGCUCAUGUCCAAGAUCCGGGAGGAGUACCCGGAGCGCAUCAUGACGACGUACUCCGUGAUGCCCUCGCCGAAGGUCUCGGACACGGUGGUGGAGCCGUACAACGCGACGCUGUCCGUGCACCAGCUGGUGGAGAACACGGACUCGACGUUCUGCAUCGACAACGAGGCGCUGUACGACAUCUGCUUCCGCACGCUGCGGCUGCCCACGCCGUCCUACGUGGACCUCAACCACCUCGUGUCGCUCACCAUGUCGGGCGUCACCACCUGCCUGCGCUUCCCCGGCCAGCUCAACGCCGACCUGCGCAAGCUGGCCGUCAACAUGGUGCCCUUCCCGCGACUCCACUUCUUCAUGCCCGGCUUCGCGCCGCUCGUCUCGCGCGGCGGCCAGCAGUACAAGGCCCUCACCGUGCCCGAGCUCACGCAGCAGAUGUUCGACGCCAAGAACAUGAUGGUGGCAUGCGACCCGCGCUACGGCCGCUACCUCACCGUGGCGGCUAUCUUCAGGGGACGCAUGUCCAUGAAGGAGGUGGACGAACAGAUGCUGAACGUGCAGAACAAAAACAGCAGCUACUUCGUGGAGUGGAUCCCCAACAACGUCAAGACCGCUGUGUGCGACAUCCCGCCCACCGGACUCAAGAUGUCCGCCACGUUCAUCGGCAACACCACCGCCAUCCAGGAGCUGUUCAAGAGGAUCGCCGAGCAGUUCGGCGCCAUGUUCCGGCGGAGAGCCUUCCUGCACUGGUACACGGGCGAGGGCAUGGACAAGCUUGAGUUCACCGAGGCCGAGUCCAACCUGACGGACCUCAUCUCCGAGUACCAGCAGUACCAGGAGGCCUCGGCGGACGAGGAGGCGGACUUCGACGAGCACGAGGAGACGGAGGUGGCGGCAGAGUGAAGGGGAGGGGCUUUCGGAAACCGAAUGAGUGAACUAAGGGAGGCCAGGGAACAGGGAGGCUAGACCAGACCCAAAUGGGUGGUUAAAUCAGCGUCAAGUUCACCCAGUUUUUUUAUUUAAACAAAAAAUAAAAUCCCUUGAAUUUCUUGAUUUGACAUAGAAUUAACCACUCAUUUCGGUCUGGGUUCGUGCGGGAGGAGGGGUGGCUCACCUGUUCUGCCUUUGUGAUCAGACAGGCGGGUGCAUCAGCGUCUCAUGACAUGUGACUGCAAAUCCCACGGAGAGCCAAUGAAGGCAUUCCAGAGGCUAAAGACAGAAAUUGCAUUUCAGCUAAAGAGGAAAUUGGUCUCAGCGACGCGACUGCGCCCUUUUUCGUUCUCUUUUCACUUUUUACGAAUAUAAGGAAGAAACUGUGGGAGCAGUAGCACUGACCGUGAUAAAAAGUGAAUGAAUGUUUUGCGACCAAUAUUUAACAAACUUGUGGUUGCUCCGACUGAAAGUGACUGCAUGUGUAUGUUAAAUUAAUUUUGCCAAUUUAUUUAUAAAUCUAGGCUAUAAGAUGUGUUCAUAAAUACAUUUUUUUAUGAGUGUCAACAAACAGAGAAAGCCAAAAUUUCCUAGAAUCUCAAAUACUGUGGAGUGAAUAUUAUUCUGAUAAUAAUGUUUGUAAAUGAAAGAACUGAGAUAAUGGACUAUUUCUUAAGUGUUUCUAAAAACAA